AUGACAACUCACCAGCCCGACCACAUCCACGUCCUCGUCUACAAGUGCUUGGCCGCCUUUGACAGGCUCCUCGGCAUGAUGCGGCAGCAAGGCGCCAUCGAGAGGUUCCCCGAGGAGUCUCAGAUCCGAGUCAAGCGGUACGAGUUUUGCAGGUGGUCCGAGAGGUUUGGUGCAAAUCUUGUUUGCUCGUCGACGAUAUCGCUCGACUACAAGUUUCGCAAACACGACUAUCCAAGAGAGACGAUACUAUCGCAGCUAGGGCACUUACUCUCAGAUAUCGAAGGCCUUGAAAAGAUGUACAAGGAAAAGAACACGCAGUCUGAGGCUAGACUAUCCCUGACCAGGAUCGCGGGUAUAAUAGAGGAGCUCAACCGGUUCCUAAACACACUCCCCAAAGAAGAAUGGCUUGAGUCGCCUGAAGACCCAGUCGUAUGGAUAGGAUGA